AACGACGACGGUUUCCCUUUUGGCUAGUUGUAAACGUAGAGAUCGAAUCCGAACUGCGAAGAUCCCAAGUGCGAACAACGGAGAGAGAUUCGCGUCAACGAAGAGUUUGCGAAAGUUGUGGGAAUUGCCGAAUUGGUUGCACUUUGGAGCUGAAACUUGACAGUAAAUGGCGAGGAUCAAACCUCAAGCUCUGCUACAGCAAAGCAAAAAGAAGAAGGGGCCGACUCGGAUAAGUGUCACCACUAUCAUACUGUGCAAUUUGAUUGUUGUGUUGAUUGUGUUUUUCCUGUUUGCUACAUACAGACAUUGGUCUCAAAGGUCAAGGCUUCAAACAGAUAGCCGCUUGACUGGCGUAUCAUUUUCUGAGGAUGAGGAUGCUUUUGUGGAUCCAAAGAAAUCCGAUGUCCCUGGAUAUGCUGUUUUGAAUACCUCAAAAGGCGAUAUAACAGUGGAACUUUACAAGGAAAGUUCUCCUGAGGUUGUUGACGAAUUCAUUGACCUAUGUCAAAAGGGCCACUUCAAGGGGAUGCCUUUUAACCGUGUUAUAAAACACUUUGUGAUUCAAGCAGGGGACAAUCAAAAGGCAGGAGCUACAGAAGAUUGGACUUCAAGAGGAAAGCAUAACAAUCAUCUUGACACAAGUAUGAAACAUGAGGCGUUCAUGCUUGGAACUUCUAAGGGUAAACGUGAUGACAAAGGAUUUAAGCUUUUCAUCACAACUGCACCGAUACCGGAUUUAAAUGAGAAGCUUAUUGUAUUUGGGCAGGUCGUCAAGGGACAGGAAGUUGUUCAGGAAAUUGAGGAGGUGGAUACAGAUGAAAACUAUCAACCUAAAUCUCAUAUCGGGAUCAUCAAGGUGAGUCUGAAGCAGAAAAUCUGAAGGCCGCGGUUCUCAAUUAAGAACAUUUUAGCUCUGCUUCCUUCUCUCCAGAUAACCAUGUUCACAGGCACUAUAGUGCACCUUGGAACUUUCAUCUCGGGUCGCACUGAAGGAUUUAGACCAUGAUACUUCUCUCAGUUUUGUUUUUGUUGCAUAUUAUGGCAGAUAAAGAAAGCUUAUUGAUUCUUUCUACGUAACGUGCUUCUAAGGCUUGAUAUACACUAUUCUAAUUUGUAUUGCAAUUUGGAUGUAAUUUUCCCAUGGGUUGAUGAGAUUAGAGUAGGUUUCUGUGAUUUUGAGAAUGAUGUAUCCGGUAAGAUCAUAAUCUCUCUCUCUCUCUCUCUCUCUCUCUCACGCACACACACACACACAAUUUACUUCAAGACAAAGGUGCUGCUUUGGUUGGAAAUAAUGAAAUCAAAGAUGAUGAUACCCCCCUUUUCUAUUUGCAA